AUGAUUAAAAAAUUAAAUAUGUACAAACAUGAUCAUUCUUUAUUUGAUAAUCUUAAUGAAAUGAAGAUGUUUUGUAGAAUAUUUUCAAAUAUUGAACAACUUAAAUGUAGUAUUAAUCAACCACAAUAUAUUCUAUUUUUAUUAUGUAGACUAUCAAAAUUAUCUACGAUGUAUGUUUAUUUAUCAUCAAUAUCUGAUCGAAAUUAUUUUCGUUAUUCGUUGGAAAAAGCAGCAGAUACACUAAAGUUUAUAUUUUGUGUGAAAGAUCUUUAUGGAGAUGCAGCUGAACUUUUUAUUUGGAUUGAUGAAAAUCUCGAAUAA